UAUACAAUGACAGUAUACGACAUCAAUCAAAUGCUAAGUUCGUCAAAAAUCAAUUCUAAUCGAUUGUGAAAUUUCAAUAUGUAUAAAAUUUAGUAAUUAAAAUUCAGCAUUAUAAGAAAGAGACACGUAUUACUGAAAUAUGGAAAAAUGUAAAAGUACUAUAAAUUCAAGAAAUCAGCUUUUGGGUUUAGUCCAUGAAGAUGAAAAUGCUUACAGCAAAAGCUUCAAAACCUCAACAUCUAGCAUUAAAGAAUGUUUUACAGAAUAUUCUUUAGAAGAUAAAGUUGAAGCUUUGAGAAAUAUAUUUGUUCAUAAUGAAAGGCAUACACAAAAGUUACCACCGAUCAUGAGCAAUAUACAUAAUUCGAAACGAAUAAUUGAUGUGAAAGAAUGUUUACAACCAGAUGAAGAGACAUCAUUUCAAACAAUUAUUUCUGAAUUAAGAAAUACUGUUAUGAACAGUUAUUGGAAUAAAGAAGUUGGUAAAACACGUUACCAAAUUUCAAAUCUACCAGUGGGUAUGAAACCACUGGAAGUAACUUUUGGAAAAAAGCUUAAGUCUGGAGAAACUAUGGGUGAACUUCUUAAACAAGAAAUAAUAGAAAGUGAUAUUCCAGAACAGAAUAUUUUUGAAAUGUAUAAAAAAAGUCAUAACAGUUAUUUACCUGCAGAACAAAUUAAAAGACAAUAUAAGAAACCAUUUGAUCAAAAUUCUUGUUUUGGAAAAUUAUGGAAUGCUAAUACCAAAGGUGAACGACUAAAAAGACUCUUAACAUGGAUUGCAGAUCCAGAUCAUUCACAUUCUCGUAUUGGUGAAGUAAAAGAUAUCAUGAAUAUAAUAGAUGAUAAAGUAUAUGAAAAAAAAGGAAUAUCUGAAAUGUUAAAUAUUUUAAGUGAUUGUCCUAUAAAUAAUGAAGUGGUAGUGCAACAGGGCUAUUUACAAUAUAUAAAUAGUUUACGUCUGAAAUUGAAGAAGCAUGUUCCAGAAAUUCCAUUUUUAGAUAUUUAUGAAGAUUUAUUAUCCCUUGAUAAAGAUUAUACAAACAUUUUAUCAGAAGAUAAAGUCUUUUCUAUCUUAGCUAAAUAUAAAAUAUAUAUAAAUAAGACAUUUCUAACACCUAUAUUAGAUCUUCUUCAAAUACGUAAGGAAGAGAAUGUAAAGUAUGAAGAGUUAUUAAAUCUCUUAAACUGGAAAUAUGACUUUCCUACAUUACCAAAGAUAGAAAAAAUUCCUUCAGAAUGUCAACAUUACAGUACUACAUACAAUACUACAAUAGGAAAUAUAGAAAGCAUAGAUAUUACAAAUAUUCCAGCAGCAGGAAUUUCUUAUGUAGAUUUGGAUAGAUGUACUGCUUACAGUCUUAUACUUCCAAAUAUUUUUACAAAACAUGGUCUUAUCCCAACAGAUCUAUCUAGACUUCGAAAUAAGGAAGAAAUAAAAAAUAUUUUUGAAACUAUUGGAAUCCGAUUCCCCAAUAACAUCUUCGAUUUGCUUUGGAAAAAAGGACAAGAAAAAAGCUAUACAGAUAAUGUAUCCAUAGAAAUUUUUGGAAGUUUGCUUGAUCAAUAUGAUGAUUUAAUUGAUGAUAAAAAUAAUUAAAAUCUAUAAUUUAAUACUGGAAUUUAAUAAAAUAUAUACGUAUAUAACUAUAUUAUACGAAAUUACAAAGUAUUUUUUAUAGCAUGUCUACAUAAACAUAUAUUUAGCUAAAUUACGUUUAAAUAUUUUUUAAUAUCAGUUAUGCAAAUAAUUAUUUCAGUAAUAUUUUAUAAAUCUUAGUAAUAAAAAGUUUAUUAUAAUCUACAUAAAAUGUGUAAAUAUUUUAUAUGUAUAUAUAUAUAUUACAUAUUAUUAUAC